UUUGCAGGACGGGGGCUCUUCCAGUCUUUCCUUGGAGUAGCGGGGUGGCACGGAGAGGGUUAACGCUCAGGAAUGCACCCGCCAGGAAUGUGCAUGCAGAUGAGAUGGAUGCUAAUCUCAUGCUAAUGAGUGGCUGCCGCCGCCGCUCGGGACUGAGCCGGUUCUCCCCCUCCCCCCGGAACAUAAGCAGCGCCUCGUCUUAGCCUGGACCCCCUGACCCCCUGCUGCCAAUACGGAAUAAGGCCCGAAGGCGGAGGCUCCGUUCAGACAUGGUGGACUGAAACUCAGGAGAGUUUCCUGGCCCAUUGCACGAUUCUGCUUCCCUCCACCCGCCCAGAGCUCCAGGGGAAGGAGGGGGCGUCUUUUCCCGCUUCCCUCCUUUUCUUUCUUGUUUGCUGUCCCUAUGGAGCAGCUAUACCCCGACUUCGACCAUGCCUAGAAAAAUGGGGAAUGGGCAAUUGCCCUUACCCGACGGCUGGGAGGAGGCGAGGGAUUACGAUGGGAAAGUCUUCUACAUCGACCACAACACCAAGCAGACCAGCUGGAUCGACCCUAGAGACAGGUUAACAAAGCCAUUAUCCUUUGCAGACUGUGUCGGAGAUGAGCUACCAUGGGGAUGGGAAGCUGCAUACGAUCGUCAGAUUGGUGUCUACUAUAUCGACCACAUAAACCAAACUACACAGAUAGAAGAUCCAAGAAAGCAGUGGCGACAAGAACAAGAAAAAAUGUUAAAAGAUUAUCUUACUGUAGCUCAAGAUGCACUUAGCACUAAGAAAGAACUUUUCCAUGUGAAAGAACAGAGGCUGGCUCUUGCCUUGGGUGAAUAUGUACGGCUGAAUGAUGUUUACAAGGAAAAAUCAAGCUCAUAUACAAGUCUUUUCUCCAGCUCCUCUUCCAGCACAAAGUAUGAUCCUGAUAUUCUGAAAGCAGAAAUCUCCACUACAAGAUUAAGGGUUAAAAAACUGAAGAGGGAACUCUUGCAAAUGAAGCAAGAAUUAUUAUAUAAGGAGCAAGGCUAUGAAACAUUGCAACAAAUUGACCAAAAAAUGUCUGGAGGCCAGAAUGGAUAUGAGUUAAGUGAAGCCAAAGCUAUUAUGAAUGAAUUGAAGUCUAUCCAAAAAGCUAUAAACUCUGGUGAAAAAGAAAAGCAAGAUUUAAUGAAGAGCCUUGCAAAGUUGAGAGAAAGAUUCCUUCUUGGUCAAACUAUUGCCCAAUCAGAAUCAGACUUGAGAUGCAGCCUGGCACAUUCCCAACAGUCUCUCUCCAAGCAAACUUUGGAUGCAGGGUCUCAGACAGACAUUUCUGGUGAUGUCAGUGUAAAGAACAUGGCCAAUUUAGCUGAAAAGGUCAGAUUGAGUCUUCAGUAUGAAGAAGCUAAAAGAAGAAUGGCAAACUUAAAAAUAGAACUUUCUAAGUUAAAAAGUGAAGCUUGGCCCGGGGCACUGGAAAUUGAGAAGGAAAAGUUGAUGCUGAUAAAUGAAAAGGAAGAGCUUCUGAAAGAACUUCAAUUUGUCACCUCAUGUAAACGCACGCAAGAUGAAUUGAAGCAUUUAGAAGCAGAAAGGAAGAGACUGGAAGAGGAACUAUCUAUGAAAAGCACACCUAGUGAUGAACUUACAGAAAGGUUGAAAUUAGAAGAUAGAAAGAAUAAAUUGGUUAAAAAACUUGAAGAAACUAGUCAUCUAACCACCCAUUUACAUUCCCAGCUUAAAAGCCUCUCUGCCAGUACGUUAUCAGUGUCUUCAGGGAGCAGCUUGGGAUCCUUAGCAUCUAGUCGAGGGUCCCUGAAUACAUCUAGUAGGGGGUCACUGAAUUCUCUUAACUCUACAGACCUCUACUACAACCAAGGUGAUCAACCUGUAGAUUUAGACUAUCAAUAUAAAUUGGAUUUCAUAUUACAAGAGAAAUGUGGUUAUAUUCCUUCUGGCCCUAUUACCACCAUUCAUGAAAAUGAAGUGGCCAGCUCCCAUGAGAAAAUGGGAUACAGUGACUCUUCCAGUUCUUUGGCAGCAAGUCAUGCACCUAAAAUAACUGAACCUCCUAAAUCUAUCACAUCAUUCUCUUCAAGAUCUUCCCUUUCAUCAUUAUCUCCUCCUGAAUCACCUUUGGUUUUAGAAGGUGGCUUUUCAGUCCCUCCUCGAGAUUCUCCAUUACAUCAUUUCACCACGGACUUUGAUGACUGCGAUUUACCCAGUGACUUUACAGGCAUUACUACCUGUGAGAAACAAAUUUUCCUGGAUUCUGAAACUAGAAUAUCUUCUCAAUCACUUAAUGAUAAAUAUCGCAAUGAAAGUGUUUCACAGAGCAUAUCACAUUCAAGAAAUACAGGUAUUGACUUUUCAAGAAGAACAAGAACUCAUUUGCUUGAUGAGAAGACAGGCUGUGUUUCUGCUGCUGUAUCUGAUGAGUCCAUGGCUGGAGACAGUGGUGUAUAUGAAGCUUCUGUAAAACAACCCAAUAGCAAUGAAGUCGCAUGUAGUGAAAAUGAUACCACAAUGCUGGAAACCGCUCAAGUACAAAUAGGGCUCCGGUAUGAUACAAAGAGCUCAAGUUUUGUGAUCGUUAUAAUGCAGUUACAAAAUCUUCAGGCUCUUUCAAUAUCCCCUGGUAACAAAAUAUAUUUUAGACUUGCACUUCUUCCACCUUCAACUGACAUCAGCUGUCUAUUCCGUACAAAGUUCCAUCUUGCUACUGAACCUCUUUUAUUUAGUGAGAUGUUCAGAACGGUUCUUUCCCAGGCAGUCUUGCAGAAAAAAACUUUAAGAGUAGAUAUCUGCUCUGUCAGUAAAAGUCACCAAGAAGAAUGUCUAGGUGGAAUACAGAUAAGUCUGGGAGAUGUGUCCUUUUCAAAUGAGAUAUCUACUCUGUGGUAUAAUUUGCUAUCUUCUAAGCACACUGCUGGAAAAAGGAAUGUGAAGCCAAAGAAGUAUUCAGUCUUUGUGGCAGCCAAUCCAUCACCUGGUUCCUUGGAUGCAGUCUCAGCAUUGUUGGAAAGGACAUCAGCUGAGCUACAAGCUGUAGAACAAGAAUUGGCAGAGAACGAAGAGGAAGGGGAGGAGGAGGAGGAAGAGGAGGAGGAAGAGGAGGAAGCACAGGAUACUCAGGAAACACGAAGUUCUGAGGAAGACUGGGUAGGAAUAUUGGCAGAAGUAUCCAGAGAAAUGAAUGAAGAGAAUAAAAUCAAAGACACCAAAGAAGACAAAUGCACAGAUAGCAAGAGAAUGAGCUUUAAUUUGGAACAGGCAGGUGGUACUGAACAUGAGAAAGGCAACAACUUUACAGAAGUGGAUCUCAACAAAAAAACAAUAGUAUCCCCAAUACUGGUUGAUAGAGAAACAAAUACAGAAGAUAGGAUUGAGUGUGUAGCUAUACAACCCAAGGACAAAGCCAGCCUGAAGUCUCAACAGCAUCCUUUUGUCAGAAACAGCAUGAUAGUACGUUCACAGACGUUCUCUCCAGGCGAGCGGAACCAGUACAUCUGUAGGCUGAAUAGAAGCGAUAGCGAUAGCUCAACAUUGGCCAAAAGAACUCUCUUUGUGAGAAAUUCCACAGAACGGCGGAGCUUGAGAGUCAAAAGGCCUACUUGCCAGUCCAACUUGCGAAGAGCAGUGCGAGAGCGCCUGGUGCGUACUUCUCUUGACUUGGAGCUGGAUCUUCAGGCAUCCCGGACCCGUCAGAGUCGCCUGAAUGAUGAACUACAGACACUUCGUGCUCUUAGGCAGAAGUUAGAAGACAUGAAAGUAACAGGGCAGACGGACCUUCCUCCAUGUAUUUUGGAGGAUGAAAGAUUCCAAAAGCUUUUGAAGCAAGCUGAAAAAGAGGCUGAACAGUCAAAAGACAAAAAAAAACAGGGAUUAAAUGCAGAAAAAUUGAUGAGGAAAGUUUCAAAAGACGUGUGCCGAUUACGAGAGCAAAGCCAGAAAGUGCCAUUACAGGUGCAGUCUUUCAGGGAGAAGAUGGCAUACUUCACAAGAGCGAAAAUAAGCAUACCAGCUCUACCAGCUGAUGAUGUCUAACAAUAUUUUGCAUCAAAGGUGUUGUUCAUUUUUUAAGUGAAUGCUUUUAUAUUAUUGUUCUACAAUCUUUUAAAGACAUAUUUUUGAAUUCAAUUGUAGAUAUUGUUUAUAAAAUGCAUAUACUAUGCUCUAAUGUAACAUUUCAAAUGUGCAGACUGUUCCCUUUGUCUUUUCGCUAGAAAUAUAAAGCAAAAUAUACACUGAUACACCAAUGAGUCUAACUUUGUACAGUUUGUAUAUGUAAAAACAAAGGAAAUCCUAGUAUGUAUGAACUGCACUGCUGCUCUAUAUCAUGCAAUGUAUCCCAUAUGUUUCAUUUCCCUGCUUAUUUUUUUUCACAAGGACAGACUGUGAAAAUGGCUGUUGAGCCAUCUAAUAGGUUUUGCAAAAAAAAAGUGGUAGUAGUAGUAGUUGUAGUAUGUACAUAGCUUUCAGGAAAUGUUGAGUCCUCUUCCAUGCCAGCAGGUCUGUUUAGUGCAUACAGGUUCUGUUUAGAUUUCUGCUGUCUACAUGGGAACUUUCAUAUCUGACAAAAAAUCUUUUUCCCUUUCUACCUUUUUUUUUUUCUUGAAUGAAGGAAGAGAUCUAGAAUACUAAGCUGGAAUAGUAUCCUUUUUGAAUGUACUGAAUUUGGGGCUGUAUUUCAAAUCUCACUGUAUUUAAGAGCUUGGAGAGAAUAUGAGGGAAGUAUGUAUAACCCUCCAUGUGUUAAAAUUGAUAAUACCCAAAUGGCAGCUGUUUUAGGAAAAUGGACUCAAAUUCACUUUUAAACCUAAGUAUUCAAAGAAUGAAAAUUAAAACUAAUAUGUAAAUAUAUCUAGUAAGAGCUUAUUAAAAUAGUUACAUUCAUGGAGCCCAAACAUCCAUUUUCACAAGAAUUGUUCUUAACAAAUUUAUUUCUCUAAGGCAGUGUUUCUCAACCUUGUCAACAUUAAGAUGCGUGGAGUUCAACUCCCAGAAUGUGGGGAAAUCUUGGAAAUGAAUCCCACGCAUCUUAAAAUUGCCAAAGUUGAGAAACACUGAUCUAAGCACCCAUUGUAUACUAUUGUUAUAGAGAUUUCUUCUAAGAAACCUUGAUAAUGAGCACUUAAAAUAAUAUUAGUUGGAUUAAAAUUAAAUAGACCAUGUAAAAUGGUUCCUAAAUUAAUUAUGGCACAAUAAGGAUUAAACAUGAUCAAUAACCUUAGUUUGUUUAACCAGCAACAGGUUUAAUACAAGGUGAUUUUUUUUUUAAUUGGUUAUUCUCCAAAAUCAGCUUCUGGCUACAAGUUUACAAUAGGUUCUAGGCAAAGUAUUUGAAAAGGGUCUAUGACAGUUUGCCGCAGCCAACUUGAUGCCAACUUGCUAUGGACAAGUCACCAUGGACAACUCACCUUGGCCAACUCGCUGCAGCCAACUCAUUGUGGGACAAGAGUUACACUAAUAUCAAAGAAAUUGUGGAAUAGAAUCAUUAAAGAAAGGAUGAAAAAGAACAGACAAAAUGAAGUGUGAAUGGCAAAAAAAAAUUUUUUUAAUAUUUUUUUUAAAUAAUUAAAUUGAAUUGUUAAAUGGCAAAUUGUCCCGCAGCGAGUUGGCCAUAGUAAAUUGGCCAUGGCGAGUUGGCCAUGGUGAGUUGGUUGUGGCGAGAUGUCCCAUUCUGAUUUUAAAAGGUGCUUCACAAAGCACAUGUGGGCACAUCUGAAAUCCCACCCCAAAUUGUUCUUUCUCAAAUUGCUGAGGAAACUACUGCACAUCUUCCAGGAGGCUCAAGUUGGAAGUGGCUGCUUUAUCAAUCAUCCUUCUAGGUAGAGGUACUUUUCUAGCUGACCUUCAGUUAUCGUGCAUGUAUCCACAUGUGCAGAGUCUGUGAACAUGUUUAAAGUCUAGAAAAUCUGUGCCAAAACUUUGGAAGUAUCUCUUCAAGGACUUUUGCUUCAUUCAGUCCAUCAAGGCGUUUUGCAUAGCCGUAGUACAGGCACAGGUUUUCUUGGCAUCCUCACUUCCCUUGGUAAUUCUCAUCUGAUAACCAGGCACUGAUUAGUUUUGAUAUCAUCAUCAUGGAACACAUGGUUAUUAACGCCUUGUUUCAGUGGUAAUGUCACAGUUUUGUAGAACAGACCAAAGCAAGGCAUCUAAUUAUUUAAGAAGGGAUUGAAGAACUAGUAGUGAUAAGUGUCUUUACUAAAUUUAAUCUGCAUGCCAUACUCCCCACUGACUAAAUUAGAACUUCUCAGUUUAUAAGAACAGGCUAUUUAAACAAUGUAACUAUUGCUUCCAAGCUAUGGAACAUAAGAUAAUGAGAGAAUGAAAGUUAUUCAUGCAGUUUUAAAGCCAUUUGAUGAAAGUGACAUAUAGUUCUGUAUGUGAUACAUAUUCACAUACACACACAAAAAGACCCCGAGGAAACAAAACACUAAUUGUGUACUUGUUCAUUUUGCAACAUAAUUGUAUAUUGACAUGCUGUAUUUUAUUUUUCAAGGAUAUAAUAGUAUUGUUGAAAAAAAUAGGAGAACAUUUACAGUAUGUUCAUUGCCAUCCUUAGAAUUACAAAAGGAAAUAAAUUAUUGUGUCUUAAUUUAUUUUUGUAAAUCUCCCAAAGGGUCCUAUUAUUAUGCACAACUAUGUGUAAUUAUUCAGAUCUUUUCAAUAUUGCUUCUACUUGGAAGUAGGAAACUGCUUAAUAUUUCCUGGGUGCCCCUCUUUUUUUUUAACCCAUCUUUUAGAAGUGAACUAAACAUGUACAUGCCAUUUACUCUGUCAAGGUCAAUUGUCUAAAAGCUGAAGUCGCAAAGUUAUUUAAUAUAGAAAUGAAGGCUGAUAAUUUCAGCUUCUCAGUUUGACAUUACAAUAUAAUAAUGUUUUAGAAUGAUGUAUAGAGUUGUAUCUUGUGAUUUAUUUAUUUUCAGUCUUAUUUAUGUACAGUACAGUUUAAUAUAGUUCAGUUCUGCACGUUUAAAUUUGCGGGUUAAAGAAAGCUACUGUGCAAAUUGUUUUAGGGACACAUACAAAUAUACUUCCCUCUUUUUCUUCUGAAGUUAUGCCACAAUAUUUAGAGAGAAACAAAAAGAAUAAUAUAUUGGCAAGACAAAUUUUGUUGGAUGUUUAUAAAAAGGAUCUUCCAUCCAUGUCUUCUUUCACAUACUAAAAUUGCAGCAACCUUAACUAAUAUUUAAGAAAACAUUUUGAAGUCCUGGAAGUCUUACACAAAGUCUGUUUAGCAUUUGAAACAAUUUUGAAAACUGUGAUCAUAGACAAAUACCAGUCAAGUCUCAUACUACACUAAUAUCAUUUUUAUCAUAAAAGUUACCUAUCAGAGAAUAGAACAAAUGUAAUAAUACCUUGAUUAUCAUUACUUCAGUACAAUCCUGCACGUCGUAUUACAAGUAUUAUACAAUAUUGUUUAGCCAAAUGAACAAAGUUAGCAAAUCUUUUAUUGGAUGAAACUAAACUUCAAUUUUUAUACAGUUAUGUUAUAUUUAAGUAUUAAAUGCUCAGAACUGAACUCAAUAUUUAAUCAAGUUGUAUCACAAAUGUCUUCUAUCCUAAUAUUGCCUGUAUAUGUACACAUCACCCAGUUUAACCUUUGUCUCUGCACUUUUCAAUUGUUUCAAUGAUUUGGAAAAAUACAGUUUUUUAACAGUAA